AUGGAGAGAAGAGAACUAACAUACAAGAUAUGCUUGAUAGGGGAUGGAGGAGUCGGUAAGACGACUUAUAUAAAUAGGGUGCUUGAUGGGAGGUUUGAAAAGAACUACAACGCAACUGUAGGAGCAGUGAAUCACCCGGUGACAUUUCUCGAUGACCAAGGGAACGUCAUUAAGUUCAAUGUUUGGGACACAGCAGGACAAGAGAAGAAGGCAGUAUUGAAGGAUGUGUACUACAUAGGCGCAAGCGGUGCUAUUUUUUUCUUUGAUGUGACAUCCAGAAUUACAUGCCAAAAUCUUGCUCGUUGGGUUAAGGAGUUCCAAGCGGUUGUUGGCAAUGAAGCACCUAUAGUUGUAUGCGCCAAUAAGAUCGAUAUAAAGAAUAGGCAGAAGAUUAGUAAGAAGCUAGUGAUGGAGGUCUUGAAGGGGAAGAACUAUGAGUACUUUGAGAUCAGUGCCAAGACAGCACACAACUUUGGGCUUCCGUUUUUGCAUUUAGCCCGGACAUUCACUGGAAGGCCCGAUCUUAUAUUUGUGUCGAAUGUGAAUCUUGAGCCGACAGAAGUCAACUACGAUUACCAUAGUCCUGAGGAAACAAAAUAUAUCGACUACAUGGAGCAGGCGGCAAAGAUGGCACCUGAGGAGUAA